AGACAGAACGUUACGGACGUUAAGUAAUUGUCAACCGAAUACAAACGUCCAUACAAUUAAACCGUCGCAGGCUCGCAGCGUAGUUUUUGUCAUCAUGACAGAAAUCUUCUCCUCGUUGUAUGGCCAGCCUGAUUCCCAGGGCCCCGCAGGACCGUCCGCGCUGGGCUUUGGCUCUGGGAAACCUCAGGUCCCCCAAAACAUGGGCCCGAUGUGUUUCCCGCAUCAGAUGAUGGAAGAAGGGGCUCCGGUCAGAAAACCGGCUGCGAUGAACGAGCCCUUCUAUCUGCUGAGAGAACUGCCCAUGGAAAAUGAGCUGACGGGACACACUAAUCUCAUCACGCACUACAACCUGGAGCACGCGUACAACAAGUUCUGUGGGAAGAAGGUGAAGGAGAAACUCAGCAACUUUCUUCCUGAGCUUCCUGGUAUGAUAGACAGCCCAGGCAUUCAGGACAACAGUUCUCUGCGCUCUCUCAUCGAGAAGCCUCCUGUGUGCAACAACUCUUUCAGUCCUCUGACCGGAGCCAUGCUCACCGGCUUCAGGUUACACACUGGCCCUUUACCAGAGCAGUACAGACUGAUGCACAUUCAGCCGCCUAAGAAGAAGAACAAACACAAGCACAAACACCAUCGACCUCAGGACCCCUUACCACCAGAAACUCCGUCAGAUUCAGACCAUAAGAAGAAGAAGAAAAAGAAGGACGAUGACCCGGACAGAAAGAAAAAGAAGAAAGAUAAGAAAAAGAAGAAGAAUCGCCACAGCCCUGAUCACCCAGGCAUGACCGGAGCUCAGCCCAGCACCAGCAGUUUGAGAUAAAACUGAAAAACAAGAGGAAAGUGUUACAGUGAAGCACAAGCUGGACAAUUGGGCUUUUUACCGGAUGUCCCACAAUUGAUGUUACAGUAAGAAUCAGAUGCCAGGUUUGUGUGUGUGUGUGUGUGUGUAUUGAUUACGUAAUGUAUUAAUUACCAGAUGAUCUGGUAAAGCGUUAUAUUUGUAAGUGCCUCAGUGUCUAUUUAUGAGUUCAAUGAAAAAUGUAACAUUUUUCAUUCAGCUUUUUUAAACGUUUUUUUGUUUUUUGUUUUUACAAAUAAAACAAUCAGCUGAGAAACUGGC